GUCACCUGUCACAUUUGAUAAAUGAAUGUUUUAUGAUUUGUAGGUUAUGUUGUUAUGAAUGUAAAGCACUGAAAAUAAUUUAUUAAUAUACAAAAUGUUAACCAAUAUCUCUCCAAAGUUACGACUGUUUUCAAAGUUUUACUCUACUGCCCUGUCGGUUCCCAAAGAAUCAGUCGUCGAGCCGAGGAAGUUGCUGUUUCCCCCAAAAUACAAAAAACCGAGACAAGUGUGGCUGGAAAAUUUGGACACCAUUGAUGAGCAGAAGCUUGGCAUCCUAGAGCUACACCCUUCCGUAUUUGCGGCAAAUCCAAGAAUCGAUGUUAUACAAGCGAAUGCAAGAUGGCAAACCCUAUACCGAUAUGUCAGCUAUGCACAUACAAAGUCUAGGUUUGAAUGUAGAGGGGGUGGAAGAAAACCAUGGCCACAGAAAGGUUUGGGUAGAGCUAGGCAUGGUUCAAUUAGAAGUCCACUUUUUCGUGGAGGAGGUGUAAUUCAUGGUCCAAAGUCACCGACUCCUCAUUUUUUCAUGUUGCCUUUCUAUACCAGAAUUCUGGGUCUAACAAGCACUUUGUCUGUGAAGCUAGCUCAAGAUGACUUACACAUUGUAGAUAAUUUGGAAAUACCUACAGAUGAAAGUACCUAUUUAGAAGAACUUGUUAAAACCAGGAAUUGGGGGCCAUCUGUGUUGUUUGUUGAUACGGAGGAUAUCAUGCCAAGAAACAUUACAGCUGCUUCCGAUGCUGUGAAGCAUUUCAAUCUGAUGCCAGUAUAUGGUUUGAAUGUGUACUCAAUGUUGAAACAUGAUACACUUGUACUUACUAGGUCAGCUGUCGAUACUAUAGAAAGUAAGAUACUAACUCAUUUGCAUAAAAGUGAUACUACAGCUUGUUUGUCAAAAUACAAAGUAGAUCAGAAAUAAUAAAUCAUAUAUUUAGUAUAUAAGA